ACAUGCAUUGCACCAACAAACAAAUGCAGGUGUUUUUGAGAGUGUGUCGUCAUUUAGCGUGCCAAUCCCCAGAGGUUCCCCCACUGUGGCCAAUCCAUCCAUAACAUAGCGGUAGCGUCCGAUCGCACUCUAUCCCUGUCACAAUAUUUCAUACCGACGCAUCAAAACGUACUCUUUUAGAACGGCAWUCCGAAGAUGGGGCUCAAGGAAAGAUUGCGCAAACUCGAUUCUCACAGUUCAGUAUCGAAGGAAUUCCGUGUCUACACGGCCCAAGGAGCGGCGCUCUCGAUAAUCACAUGCAUAGGUACGUCGGUUUUGUUUGUACAMAUACCGUAAAAUAGGCGGGAACGAACGACAUCGAAUGAAUCUUGCUCCAAUCAUGAAGAAUCAUUGGUCUCAGAUAUAUUUGUCCGUGUUUCAUAUUCACAGCAAUCAUCUACUUGAUCGGCAAAGAAAUGAGCUACAAUUUUCAGACCGUCAUGACGGAACGAGUUCACGUCAAUGCGACUUCCCCGACCGGACUCGAUGUUGAGUUCGAUAUAGAUCUACCACAGAUAGCGUGUAGUCUUCUAAAUAUAGAUGCGAACGAUCCUUCUGGCCAGACACAAUCCCUGCACUUGGAUCGGCGCCACCACGUUUGGAAGCACAGAAUCAAGGUUGGCGAUAGCGGGAAAAUCCAAUACGUAGGAGAUAGACGCAAGCUGGAGCAAGGGAGUUCGUUGCUUCACGAGGAUCACUUGAACGAGUUGUUAGAGGAGAUGGCGGAAAGGCACGGGCUGAGUGGUGACGACGAGUAUCAUUACGACGACGACGAGGUAUCUUGCGGUAGUUGCUACGGGGCAGCAGACGAAGACGAAUGUUGCAAUACAUGUGACGACGUAAAACGUGCUUAUAAGCUGAAAGGAUGGCAUCUUGAAAACAUCAAUGAUAUUGACCAGUGCAAGCACGAAUUAAAAACCAAAGAAGGAGAGGACGAGGGUUGUAAUGUCCAUGGUCUUGUGGCUUUGGAUAGCGGUGGGGGCAGCUUUCAUUUGGCUCCUGGUAGAUCUUUUGAAACUGCGGAUCAGACGGACAUUACUGCCAUAUUUAACAUGCUAUUGAGGUAAGCAAUGCAAUUGAUUCCGAAGAAGCRAAAUGGUUGAAAUUUCAAACAGGAACCUUUCAAAUCUCAAAACUUGACGUUAAUUUCCUGCAGCACUUUCGAGCAAUUCAACGUGACACACACAAUCAAUAAAAUACGAUUCGGAGAUGAAUUUCCUGGAAACAAAAACCAACUUGAUGGAGAAACUCGUGUGAUCUCAGACGGAUAUGGAAUGUACCAGUAUUACUUCAAAGUGAGUUUUGAAUCAUUUUUUGGGGGGGACGAUCGCCUUUCAAUAUUCUAACGUCUUGGUUUUUCCAGAUUGUUCCAACGGUAGUAAAAUUCCAGAAUGGAACACGUAUCAGUGUAAGUUGGUAGUUUUGAGUUUUUUUUUAACACUUUGCACAUCGACUGCCGAGUUCACUUUCCGUUAAUAUCGCAACGAAAAGCUUYCAAUCGCUAACUACUGUCUCUGUGUUUCUUUCAAUCCACAGACUAACCAAUACAGUGUGACCGAGCAUCUAAGGCAUGUUAAUCCUGGAGGUGGACGAGGUACGUUGAUCGAUUUGUCUGACCAUAACCAUCAUCUUCGUUAUCGGUAAUACUAAUCAAUCGAUGCAAAUAAUCGCAUCCAUAGGACUCCCUGGAGUGUUUUUCUUCUACGAAAUUUCGCCCCUACAUGUUGAGAUUGUACAAGACUAUCGAAAGGGAUAUAUUGCCUUUUUUACUUCAGUAUGUGCAAUUGUUGGAGGGGUAGUAACAACUAUGGGACUUUUGGACCAGCUUCUCUAUUCCCAAAUUUGGCGAGGCUCUCGCGGUGAGGGCCUCGUUCUUUGAAAAAAGAAAGAAAAUUGGCGAURUAUCCAACUCAGCAAUCAUCUAAUAGUAUGCCAAAUAAGUCGCGCCUACUCUGAUUUGUAUCUGUUUUAAUCUUCUACUCUAAAACUCCCCGCUGAUAGACUGGUAUGAAUCAUUAGAAAUUUUGCAAUCAUCACGAAUAGUCCAUCAACAGWUCCGCGGUGAUCCUGGUAACAUGGUGCGCACCAAUAGAAGUUCGGAUGUCAU